AUGAGAGGGAGGCAGCGAGGAGUGGUGAAUCGGAGCGGGGGAGGGUGCGUCUCCGGGAUUCGACGAGCCGAAGGGAAGAAAGAGAAUGGAGCAGCAGCGAGGGUCGAUGGGUUCCGAAGAGAUGAGGGCGUGAAGAAGCAGCGAUUGAGGAAGGAGGUUCCUUCGGUGCUUGGCUGGACAGAUAAGGAAAAAGAAAUGAAAGCAUCGGGGUGGGGUUGUUGCUCCGAUCAAUACCAAAGCAGUGAGAGAGGGUGGGAGAAGCACAUCUGGUUUUCGACUGAACCAAGGGAGGAAAGAAAAAGAACUCAGAAACGGAGGUAGGAAGAGGUGGUACAGUUGCUUUGAUUGAGUGUUGUUUUCAGCUGAAGAAUUGUGCACGUAACCUGUUUCUUUUCAACUUGAUGUGCUGGAAACAAGGAAGAAGAAGAGAGAGCACGUUUACUUUGAGUGUUCAUUUGUGUUGUUCAUCUGAGUGUCACUUUGUAUAAUCUGAAAAUUGUGGGAUUGUUCAAAGUAUAACUGGAUAUUAAGAGAGAGCACGUUUACUUUGAGUGUUCAUUUGAGUUGUUCAUUUGAGUCACAAUUUCUAUAAUCUGAAAAUUGUGGGAUUGUUCAAAAUAUAACUGGAAAUUGGAUGUU